CCAUAACCAUUAAUCAUUACCACCUUAAACAACAUUUUUAGUCAAUCAAAAACACCAAUAUCACUCUUAUCAGUUGCAAUGUCUACUACUAACAACAAAAACAACAAACUUUUCCUAUUCCCUCAUGCUAACUCCACUGUCCUCCCCGACCCCUCCAAAUUCUUCUCUCCAAAUCUUCUAUCCACACCUCUCCCUACUAACUCUUUCUUCCAAAACUUUGUUCUCAAAAAUGGUGAUCAACCCGAAUACAUCCACCCUUACCUCAUCAAAUCAUCUAACUCAUCACUUUCUGUUUCAUAUCCUUUUCACCACUUUAACUCAGCUUUCAUAUACCAAGUCUUCAAACCUGAUCUUACCAUUUCCUCCGCUGAACAAACCAGCCAUUGUCCCCAUUUGAAUCAUAUAGUCUCUUCUUAUAGUGAUCUGAGUGUUACCUUGGACAUCCCUUCUUCAAAUUUACGGUUUUUUCUUGUUAGGGGAAGUCCCUUUUUGACAUUUUCAGUAACACAACCAACACCUCUUUCCAUCUCAACACUCCAUUCAAUUCUCUCUUUUUCUUCCAAUGAUUCCCUUACUAAGUAUACUUUCAACCUUGACAAUGGUCAAACAUGGAUUCUGUACGCUUCUUCACCAAUCAACUUCAGUAUCAGUCAUGAACUUUUUACUUCUGAAAUUUUUUCUGGCAUUAUUAGGAUAUCUUUGUUGCCUGAUUCUGAUUCGGAAACCGAGGCUGUUCUUGACAAGUACAGUUCUUGUUAUCCUGUGAGUGGUGAUGCUGUUUUUGGAAGACCAUUUUGUGUUGAAUAUAAAUGGGAGAAGAAAGGUUCGGGUAAUUUACUGUUGUUAGCACACCCUCUUCAUCUUCAGCUUUUGUGUGAUAUUAAUAUUGAUUUAGAUGUUACUGUUUUGAGUGGUUUCAAGUAUAAAAGCAUUGACGGAGAUCUUGUUGGUAUUGUUGGUGAUUCAUGGAUUUUGAAAACUGAUCCUAUUUCUAUAACUUGGCAUUCAAGCAAAGGUGUGAAAAAAGACUACCAUAAAGAGAUUCUUUCAGCUCUUUUGAAAGAUGUAGAGGAUCUAGACUCAUCUAUACUGACAGUAAAAAAUUCUUACUCUUAUGGAAAGUUGAUAGCAAGAGCUGCAAGGCUUGCAUUGAUUGCUGAAGAAGUUUUCUUCUUCGACAUGAUUCCAAAGGUUAAGAUUAGAAAGUUUUUGAAGGAGACCAUUGAGCCUUGGCUUGAUGGAACGUUUAAUGAAAAUGGAUUUCUCUAUGAUAGAAAGUGGGGUGGAAUUGUUAGUAAACAAAGUUAUGAUGAUUUCAAUGGUUGUCUCGGUUUCGAACUCUAUAAUGGUCCACUUAAUCACUUGGGAUAUUUUCUUUACGGUAUUGCUGUUCUUGUAAAGCUUGAUCCAGAUUGGGGUAGGAAGUAUAAGCCUCAAGCUUAUUCACUUAUGGAAGAUUUUAUGAACUCGAGCACAUGUUUGAAUCCGAAUUACACGCGUCUAAGGUGUUUCGAUCUAUAUAAGUUGCAUUCUUGGGCUGGAGGGCUAUUAGAAUUUGAAGAUGGAAGAUAUCAAAAGGGAACAAGUGAGGCUGUUAAUGCGUAUUAUUCAGCUACUUUAAUUGGUUUAGCAUAUGGUGAUGCUGAUGUUGUUGCUACUGGUUCAACCUUAACAGCUUUGGAAAUUGAAGCAGCGAAAAAAUGGUGGCAUGUGAAAGAAGGAGGGAAUAUGUAUGAGGAAGAAUUUACAAAAGUGAAUAGAAUGGUUGGAUUGGCUUGGUCGAAUAAGAGAGAUACCGAACUGUGGUUUGGUUAUCCUGGUGCUAGACAGUGUUUGCUUGGGAUUCAAGUUUUACCUUUGUUGCCUAUUUCUGAAGUUUUGUUUUCUGAUGUUGGUUAUGUGAAGGAGCUUGUGGAGUGGACAUUGCCUUAUUUGGAAAGGGAUGGUGAAGGUGAAGGAUGGAAAGGGUUUGUGUAUGCUUUGCAGGGAGUUUAUGAUAAGGAAGUUGGUUUGGAGAAGAUAAGAAAGUUGAGUGGUUUUGAUGAUGGAAACUCAUUGAGUAAUCUAUUGUGGUGGAUUCACAGUAGAGGUUAAGGUGGUACAUGGUUGUUAUAUUUUGGAAUAUAGUAAAGUUUGUUUCAUAAGUGGCAUGUAAAUGUUGUUUAAGUUUG